AUGCCCGUCAAACAAAUCAACACUGAAUUGGGCCACUCCCUCCCCCCGGAAGCCCCUCACAACAUCACCUUCCACAUCCCUGGCUGGGACACGGCCAAGGCCCUCCGGCGCGGCGACACCGAGCUGCUCGGCAAGCUAACCUCCAUCUACCCGCGCUUCGGGCCAUGGGGUAAGGUGCGCGAGCUCACCACCGCCCUCCAUCCCCACCUCCACCUCCCCCCCACGCACGCCCUCAUCCUCUUCCCCCACCCGGACACCAUCCCCGCCGCCGCCCGCUACGCCGCCUCCCACCACCGCACCAACCCGGCCCACCGCAUCCCGCCCUCCCAACUCCUCUUCCGCGCCCUCGACAUCCCCCUCACCCUGCCCCUCGCCUCCGAACCAGAACCAGAGACACACGACACAACCCACCACGGCGCCGUCGUGCGCCUGUACGCCGUCGCCUACCCCGUGGCCAACGCCCCCGGCGCCGUGGGCGUGUGGCAGACGUAUGGCACGGGCAUCUCGUCACGGCUGGCCGAGGGGCUGUUGCCGGCGGUGGGGGAGGGCAGGGUGAGGGUGGUGGAGUGGGAGGGGGAUGGGGAGCGGUGGGGGGACGUGCCGGGGUUGGAGACGACGGGGGGAAAGGGAGAGGGGGGGUUGCCGAUGGGGGAGGGGCAUGUUGGGUUGAGGAGGCGGAUUGCGCAGUUGGUGGGUGGUGGCGGGGUGGUGGGCGAGGGGGAUGUCUGGCUGUAUCCGACGGGGAUGGCGGCGAUUUAUCGGCUACAUUUGGCGUUGGUGGAGGCGAGGGAGGGGGGGACGGUGGUGGUGCUGGGGUCGGUGUUUCAUAAUACGUAUCAUCUGUUUCUUGAGAAUGAGGGUGGGAUGAAGCAUUUCGGGCAGUGUGAUGCCGACAGCGGGGUGAUGGAGGCGCUGGAGGCGUGGUUGGAGGGGGAGAAGGUUGCCGGGAGGAAGGUUGGGUAUAUUUUCGCCGAGUUUCCGAGCAACCCGAUCUUGGUGAGCCUGGAUUUGCGGCGGCUGAGGCAGAUUGUCGACAAAUACGGCGUCCCCGUCGUGAUAGAUGACACGAUCGGGUCCUUCUGCAACAUUGACGUCUCAUCCGUCGCCGACGUGAUUAUGACCUCCACCACCAAGUCCCUCAGCGGCUACGCCAACGUAAUGGGCGGCGCGAUCACGCUCCCGCCCACCUCCCCCCACUACCACCCCCUCAAAGCCCAGCUCACCAGCCACUUCCGCAACGAAUACUUCCACGCCGACGCGGCCAAGCUCCUCUCCAACUCGCACGACUACUUCCCGCGCUCCGCCAUCCUCAACCGCAACGCCAUGACACUCGCCAGCUUCCUGCACCAGCACUCGACCGCCACCCAGCCCGCCACGGCCGCGAUCACCGCGAAGGGGAAGGGGAAGGCAAAGGCUUCACGCCGGGCUACGGCUGCCUGA